AUGUUCACCCUCAACCGAACAUGGAAAUCGCUCGCGUGGCGUGGAUGUCGCUUCCAAAGCACACUCCAGAGGACCGUGGCCAGCCCUGCUGCCAAACUCGUCCAGGAAGAGGCAACGCUAAGCGAGUUGGAAAUCAAAGAUCAGACCUACAAAAGACAAAAGAAGCUAGCGAUCGGUAAUAUCAAAAUGAAACUUUACGCAAACGGACAUUUGCAACCAGGUUCGACCCAUUUCAAGAAGCCAAUCCACGACCAUCUCCAUAGAGGUGGUCCAGUUAAGGAAUUGACUGUUCCCAAGAAAAAGACCGCUGGUCGUAAUGCCACCGGUAAAAUCACCGUGCGUGGUCGUGGUGGAGGUCACAAAAGACGUGUUCGUUUGGUGGACAGCAAUAGACUUGUUGCUGGCCGUCAGAAGGUGUUGAGAAUUGAAUACGAUCCUAACCGGUCUGGUCACAUUGCCUUGGUGCAACACGAGGAAACCGGCAAUUUGCUGUACAUUUUGGCUUGUUCCGGUUUGCGUGCGGGUGACGUAGUGGAGUCGUUCCGUUUGGGUUUGCCCAAGGACUUUUUGGCCGAGAUGGAUGCCACCAACCAGGGUCUCAUUGAUGAGGCCUUACUUAACACCCGUGUUUUGCAAAGAGGUAAUUGUGUGCCAUUGCGCAUGUUGCCUCCUGGCUCGAUCAUUCACAACAUUGGAUUGACUCCCGGUGGUCCAGGAAGAAUGGUCCGUGCCGCUGGUACCUUUGCCCGUUUACUCUCCAAACAUCCAGAGAAGAAGCUUGUGACCAUUAGUUUGGGCUCUGGUGAGCAUCGUUACGUUCAUGAGAACUGUCAUGCUACCUUGGGUAUGGUAUCUAACCCAGAGCACCUGGCCAUCAGUUGGGGUAAAGCUGGUCGUAGUCGUCACAGAGGCUUCCGUCCACAAACAAGAGGUGUGGCCAUGAACGCUAAGGACCAUCCUCAUGGUGGUGGUCGUGGUAAGUCCAAGUCCAACAAGUUGACCCAGUCUGCAUGGGGUCUUAAGAAGUUUGUUAAGACGAGAAAGGGUAAGAACAUUAACAAGAUGAAGAUUAAGGAUAGAGCUAGACGUCCUCCUAAGAAGUAA